UUGUCUGGGUAUAUAUUACUCUUGUCCGAAGCUCUCUCUCUCUUUCUCUCUUUCUCUCUUUCUCCCUCCCUCUCUGCCAUGUGAAAAGUUCCCAUUUUUCUCAGUUCUUUUUCUGGAGAUCUAAUCUCAUAAUAAGGAACACAUUCGUGGCUGGGUUUCAGGAGAAUUCAUUGGGAGACGUAUCUUGCGGAACAUUUAUCUAUCUAUGCCUAUAUUGUUUUAGUAUUUAUCAGGGGCUCCCAAAUCAGGCAUUGGGGGUUCAUUAGGUUAAUAAGCUCAAGUGGUUGUGUGGGUGUUUGAGGACUUAAUACAUGGAUAAGGAUAAAUCUCCAGCCCUUGGAGGGGGUUUAUUGCCUCCAUCAGGGAGAUAUUCGCUUUUUUCGCAGCCUGGUAGUGGUUUCAGUGGGAAGCCAGAGCCUUCUGGAUCAUUCAAUUUGCCUCCAUUAGGACCCUCUGCAAGUGCUUCGGAAUCAGGUCACUUUGGUAUUGGGGUGCCUUCAGAAUCAAACCGGUUUAGUCAGGAUAUCAGCCAAAUGCCUGAUACCCCACCAAAGAAAUUGGGCCACAGACGUGCUCACUCAGAGAUUGUUACUCUUCCUGAUGACAUCAGUUUUGAUAGUGAUCUUGGCGUUGUGGGUGGAUUAGAUGGACCCUCGUUGUCUGAUGAGACUGAGGAGGAUCUAUUUUCUAUGUACCUUGAUAUGGAUAAGUUAUAUUCGUCAUCUGCAACUUCUGCAAUGCAAGUGGGUGGAUCAUCUUCUUCAGUGGCUACAGCUCCAGGCUCAUCUCAAGCUCCUGCAUUGGAGACACCAAUAGCUGAGAAUUCUACUUCUCCGGUUAGUGAGAAGCCCAGAGUUAGACAUCAGCACAGUCAGUCAAUGGAUGGUUCAACUACCAUCAAGCCAGAAAUGCUGACAUCAGGUACUGAUGAGCCAUCUGCUGCUGAAUCUAAGAAAGCCAUCUCUGCUGCUAAGCUUGCUGAGCUUGCUCUUAUCGAUCCAAAGCGUGCAAAGAGGAUCUGGGCCAACAGACAAUCAGCUGCUAGAUCGAAGGAAAGAAAAAUGAGGUAUAUAGCUGAGCUUGAGAGAAAAGUCCAGACUCUGCAGACAGAAGCCACUUCAUUGUCUGCACAAUUGACCUUGUUGCAGAGAGAUACAAAUGGCCUGACUGCUGAGAACAGUGAACUUAAGCUGCGCUUGCAAACAAUGGAACAACAAGUGCACUUGCAAGAUGCCUUAAAUGAUGCUCUAAAAGAGGAGAUACAGCAUCUGAAAGUUUUAACGGGGCAAGGCAUGGCAAACGGUGGACCUAUGAUGAUGAACUUCGGUCCAUCCUUUGGAGCGGGCCAGCAACAAUUUUAUCCCAACAACCAUGCCAUGCACACAUUGUUAACGGCACAUCAGCUUCAACAGCUUCAGUUACAUUCUCAAAAGCCGCCUUUUCAACAGCAUCAACUACGCCCGUUUCAACUGCAGCAACCACCGCAGCAGCAACCGCCUCCUCUGCAGCCACAGGAACAACAUUUGCACCAAGGCGGGGACUCAAAGUUGCGAAGUUCAAUGUCAGCAAGUGCUCUCACCGAGCAUGCUUCUGACACCUGCACUUCUAUGAAGGACUGAGAUGAGAUGGAAAGAAGUAUGUUUUGUCCCAACGCUAGAUAGUCGGUCCGAAAUCUUUUAUUGCCUUUGUAGCUCUCUCACUGUUGAUUUAGGAUGCAUCAUGCAUAGACUCGCCCGCACCUUUAUUCUAUAAUACUCAAGUGCCCCUUGGAAUCGUAGUUCGUUAAAAUGAUACUCUUAUUCAAAUAUUAAGUGCUCUAUUGUUUGUAGGUUAUGCAUGUGUUGUCUUUUGAAGAAAGAAAGAAAGAAAGUUCAAUUUUGGGUCUAGUGUUCAUUGUUA